AUGUCCGGAUACAGCAUCAACACAUACUACGCACAGUAUCAAUGUUACCCACCUCAACCGUACCAGAUUAUCCCAGACUACUACGUGCAACCUGUAAAUGUUGCGCCGACUGCUGGCUACCAACAGCCAGUAGCCAGUGGAAGCAGCAGUCGAACAAAAACAUGGACCUGCGAGAUCGCCUCCUGCACCUCCUCAGCAAACUUCACCCGCCUCGCAGACCUGCAACGCCACCAAUCCACCGUCCACGGCGUCGGCACACCAGAGUACCCCUGCAACGUACCGCGCUGCAACCGCGUAGGCGACAAAGGCUUCACACGACGCGACCACCUAGUCGAGCACCUCCGCAACUUCCACCACAUGGACAUUCCCAAGCGGAGACCAGGGGAGCGGAGCGCCUUCCCCUUUGGAUGGCCUGAAGGAGGUGGCGCGGGAGGAUCUCACCAGUGA